CCCCGGGGCUGCGGCGGAGGCCGGCCCUCGGGGCGGGCGGAAACGCGCGGCGCGGCUUGAGCCCAGCGCCGACCCGUACCGUCGCGGAGUCGGCGGCAGCAACAUGGCGGCCGCGGCCGGGCCGGUAACGGAGAAAGUUUGCCACGAGACGGGCCUGUGCUGACCGUGUGCGGCCUCGGCUCUCCGGUGCUUCCCGCCCCGCUCCUCCCCCGGCGCCCUGCCGCCUCCCGCCUCCCGCGUGUCGGCGCAGCCCCCAGCGUUCCCGGGACCCAAGUUUCCGCGGCAGAUCACUAUAAACAAAAAUUCUGCCUGUGAAAAUGUUGAAAUAGAAGCUACGAAUACGUUUUGUUUGCUGGAUGAAAUACAAGGAGUUACAUUUUGGAAAGCCCCCGUUGUCAGAUACAUGUGUAGAUCACUGCGCUAUUGCUUUAGUCAUUGUCUCUAUUUAGCAAUGACAAGACUGGAAGAAGUAAACCGGGAAGUGAACAUGCAUUCUUCAGUGCGAUAUCUUGGCUAUUUAGCCAGGAUCAAUUUACUAGUUGCCAUAUGCUUAGGCCUCUAUGUAAGAUGGGAAAAAACAGCAAACUCCUUAAUUUUGGUGAUUUUUAUUCUUGGCCUUUUUGUUCUUGGAAUUGCCAGCAUACUUUAUUAUUAUUUUUCAAUGGAAGCAGCAAGUUUAAGUCUAUCCAAUCUUUGGUUUGGAUUCCUACUUGGCCUUCUGUGUUUUCUUGAUAAUUCGUCCUUUAAAAAUGAUGUGAAAGAAGAAUCAACCAAAUAUUUGCUUCUGACUUCCAUAGUACUAAGGAUAUUAUGCGCUUUGGUGGAGAGAAUUUCUGGUUAUGUUCGUCACAAACCCACUUUAAUCACCACAGUUGAAUUUCUGGAACUUGUUGGAUUCGCCAUUGCCAGCACAACUAUGUUAGUGGAGAAAUCUUUGAGUAUCAUUUUACUUGUUGUAGCUUUGGCCAUGCUGCUUGUUGACCUGAGAAUGAAAUCUUUCCUAGCAAUCCCAAACUUAGUUGUUUUUGCAGUCUUAUUGUUUUUCUCCUCCUUAGAUACCCCCCAGAAUCCCAUUGCUUUUGCAUGUUUUUUUAUUUACCUGAUAACUGAUCCAUUCCUUGACAUAUAUUUCAGUGGAUUGUCAGUAACUGAACGGUGGAAACCCUUCUUGUACCGUGGAAGAAUUUGCAGAAGACUUUCAGUUGUUUUCACUGGAAUGAUUGAACUUACAUUUUUCAUUCUUUCCGCAUUUAAACUUAGAGACACUCAUCUCUGGUAUUUUGUUAUACCAGGCUUUUCCAUUUUUGGGAUUUUCUGGAUGAUUUGCCAUAUUAUCUUUCUUUUAACUCUUUGGGGAUUCCAUACCAAAUUAAAUGACUGCCAUAAAGUAUUCUUUAUUCACAGGAUAGAUAACAAUAGCCUUGAUAGAAUCAUGGCAUCUAAAGGGAUGCGUCAUUUUUGCUUAAUUUCAGAGCAGUUAGUUUUUUUCAGUCUUAUUGCAACAGCAAUUUUGGGAGCAGUUUCUUGGCAGCCAACAAACGGAAUAUUCUUAAGUAUGUUUCUGAUUGUUUUGCCAUUGGAAUCCAUGGCUCAUGGCCUCUUUCGUGAAUUGGGUAACUGUUUAGGAGGAACAUCUGUUGGAUAUGCUAUUGUGAUUCCCACUAACUUUUGCAGUCCUGAUGGCCAGCCAACACUUCUUCCACCAGAGCAUGUACAAGAGUUAAAUUUGAGGUCUACUGGCAUGCUUAACGCUAUCCAAAGAUUUUUUGCUUUUCACAUGAUUGAGACUUACGGAUGUGAUUAUUCCACAAGUGGACUGUCUUUUGAUACUCUACAUUCAAAAUUGAAAUCUUUCCUUGAACUUCGAACUGUGGACGGACCUAGACACGAUACCUACAUUUUAUAUUACAGUGGGCACACCCAUGGUACAGGCGAAUGGGCUCUUGCAGGUGGAGACGUACUACGCCUUGACACACUUUUAGAAUGGUGGAGAGAAAAGAAUGGUUCCUUCUGUUCCCGACUUAUCAUUGUAUUAGAUGGUGAGAAUUCGACCCCAUGGGUGAAAGAAGUGAGAAAAGUCAAUGACCAGUAUGUUGCCGUGCAAGGAGCAGAGAUGACAAAGACAGUUGAUAUUGAAGAAGCGGACCCACCACAGCUGGGAGACUUUACGAAAGACUGGGUGGAGUAUAACUGCAACUCCAGCAAUAACAUCUGUUGGACUGAGAAGGGGCGCACAGUGAAAGCGGUGUAUGGUGUGUCAAAGAGGUGGAGUGACUACACUCUGCAUCUGCCAACCGGAAGUGACGUGGCCAAGCACUGGAUGUUACACUUUCCUCGUAUUACGUACCCCGUAGUACAUCUCGCAAAUUGGCUGUGCGGUCUGAACCUGUUUUGGAUCUGCAAAACUUGUUUUAGGUGCUUGAAAAGGUUAAAAAUGAGUUGGUUUCUUCCUACGGUGCUGGACACAGGACAGGGCUUCAAACUUGUCAAAUCUUGAUGUGAAAUCCAAAGUAGAGUAUUAUUGAGAAUUGAUACCAUCAGUUAUGACUAACUUGCCAUUUUUUGUAUAUUGUAUUUUUUUUGGGGGGGGAGGGGUUGUGUGGAAAUUACCUUGCUACUUCUGUGGCGACUUUCAGUGUCUUUCAAAUAAUUAUGGUGUAUGUAAGCUGUUGGGAAGAAACGUUUUAUACAAGAAGUGGGGAGUCAUAAAUACUGACUGUAAAUGCGUAACAUGUUAAAAAUAACAAUGCACUUUGAGGAAUGUUUUAUAUAUGCCUGAUUGGAAAGAAAACACAUGUCUGCACUGCAGUGGCCUGCAAAGAAUUACUAAUGCCUUAUUUUCUAGGCAUGAGAAUGUAGGCCAGACAGUUUUUUUACUACUGGUAAGAAUUCUACCAAUUUGCUUAGAGAUCAUUUUUCUAUCAACAGUAGGUUUGAGUUCAAGGUGGUUUGAAGAAUUAUAGAUGCUUUCUUAGAAAAUGAACGUCUGCAUGAUGUAGAAGCAAAAUUUGCUUAUGUACAUUGAGAAGUCUGGUUGCACAGUAUUACCAAUUUAGCAGAGAAACCCAAAUCACUCUUCGGAUCAAAACAUUCUUCAUGUAGUUAACUUGUAAAGGCAGGAGCCCAUGAAAUGCUUCUUAUGUAUUAUUGGAAGCUUCUAAAAGCACUGUCAAUUUUAAGACUCUUUCUCAGGGUAACAGUAUUUUCAUAAUGAACAAUAUUUCACCAACAAAUUUCUUCCAAUAAAUUGUCUUCCCUUUCAAAUGUUACCUUACAAAAAGCAGUUUUUCACAGAUUUAUAAGACUUCUGCAUCCAGAUAUGAUUUUGAUCUUUGUAGAUGAAUGCUCUACCACAGAAAUUAUUUUUUAAUUCCCCAUUAAUAGGUUUUUUUUCUACUACAGUUCAAAGAAUUGGAGAUAGGUCAUUUUUUUGCUUGUAACAUAUAUUAUGUAAAGAAGUGUUCAUAUAGGCAAUUUUAACUAAGCAUAAUUGUGUAGUUCUAAUUUUUAACCUUAAUUCAGUGUUUUGUUUGAUUAAAGUGGGGAUUUAGGGUAUCUCCCAAAAGGUAAUUUACCGUCUACACACCUCUCCAAUUCUCGGUUUUCAUUUCUGAGAAAUAGCAAGAGGAAAAUAGAAUUAAAUUGGGGAAUAUUCUGAUCUUCAUUGUUUAAAUGGUGUGACUUCCUACCAUUGAAGCCAUUUAUCCAGCCUCGGCAGGAGGAAAUAAUGCCUCUACCACUUUCUACCUGACAGUUUAAAAACUAAAGUUUCAGUUAGAAAGAAGUGACUUAGUGUCAGGGAAUUUAUAUACCACUAUCUAUGCAGCAUUGCUAUAGUCUGAUUAUUUCCGUGUUUUGAAUAUGAUUUACCUACUACCUUGAAUAAAAUUUUGUUUUAAAAUUUU